AAUGAAUAAUGAUACAUCAUACAUGCGCAAACAAUAACCAACAAAAAUGGAUAGAAAGAUGUUACAACAUCUCUUCUUUUUGUACAAAUUUUUGUUCAAAUUACUAUGUUACCCUCAGGGACAUAACUUGAAGAGCAAGAGCUUGAAAUAUAUGAGAUAUGAAUCCAUGGCAGAUAAGCACACACCAGAAGAGUUGCUAAAUACUACUCUUGUGUUUGAAGUUGAAGGAGGGUUAUUAAGGUCAAAUUCGCUCUUUCCUUACUUCAUGCUAGUGGCUUUUGAAGGUGGUGGUUUGUUAAGAGGUUUAGUGUUGUUCCUAUUUUACCCUUUGGUUUGUUUGGUUAGCAAAGAAAGGGGGUUGAAGAUUAUGGUUUUUAUAUGUUUCUUUGGUAUUAAAAAAGAUAACUUCAGGAUUGGAAGGACUAUUUUGCCUAAGUUCUUUAUGGAGGAUUUAGGGUUUGAAGGAUUUGAGGUGGUGAGGAGAUGUGGGAGAAAGGUGGGGGUGAGUGAGUUGCCUAGGGUUAUGGUUGAAGGGUUUUUGAAGGAUUAUUUGGAUGUUGAUUGUGUUUUUGGGAAAGAUUUGAAGGUGGUUUGUGGGUAUUUUGUAGGGAUGAUGGAGGAUGAGACAACAAGAACAAGUUUCUUGAUGAAAGAUGUGUUUGGAGACAUGAAAAGUGACUGUCAUCUCAUUGGUUUUGGGACCUCGAACAAGAUUCUUGAUCACCAACUUUUCUCUCUUUGCAAGGAGAUUUACCUAGCAAGCAAAGCCGAUAAGAGAAGAUGGAGAGCCCUUCCUAGAGACAAAUACCCGAAACCAUUGAUUUUUCACGACGGUAGGAUCGCUUUCAUGCCAACUUAUCUUGAUACAUUAGCAAUGAUCGUAUGGGUUCCAUUCGGAUUAGGGGUUGGCAUUUUGAGGAUCAUAAUCACAAUGUCAUUUCCAUACACCAUAGCGAUCCCAAUUUUGUGCUUUACCGGCAUGAGUGGUAGACGAUACACUCGUUCCUUUGCCAAAAACAAAUUGAGGGCAUCAUCUACAAAUCAAAACAAGAGCAAGGGCACGUUAUACGUGUGUAAUCAUAGAACAUUACUUGAUCCCAUUUACAUUUCUAUGGCGAUAAUGAAACCUGUAACGGCUCUCACGUAUAGUGUGAGCCCAUUAUCAGAGCUCUUAUCGCCUAUAAAGACGUUCCAUUUGAGUAGGAACAAAGAAAAAGACUAUAAGAUUAUGGAAACGUUACUUAACCAAAAUCAUGAUGUUGUGCUUUGCCCUGAAGGGACCACGUGUAGGGAGCCUUAUGUACUUCGGUUUAGCCCUUUGUUUGCGGAGAUUAGCAACGACUUUAUCCCCGUCGCUCUAGAUGCUAAAGUAAGCAUGUUUUAUGGGACAACUGCAAGCGGUUUCAAGUUUUUGGACCCAUUGUUCUUUGUCUUGAAUCCAACCGCGAUUUACCACAUUAAGAUUCUUGAAAAUUUGCUAGAUGCAAAUAUAGUUGAGCAAUCAAGGAUUGAGAUUGCAAAUCGAGUUCAAAAACAGAUUGCUGAAGCAUUAGGGUUUCAGUGUACAAAUCUAACACGAAGAGAUAAGUACAUGGUCUUGGCUGGGAAUGAAGGUGUUGUCUAGAAGAUAUCAUAUUUUGAAACAAAUGAUUGUUAUUGCAAAAUAAACAAGUUACAAGCCUUUUUUAUAUAUAAAUUGUAUACUUAAUGUAAAAAUAUGUUUGAUAUCAAAUUUAUGGAUUUAUUAACGAUAUGUAUGUAUA